CUCCCGGAUGUCCGCACACAAUGUGAUAAGGAGACAGGAAACACCAGCCAGUUCAGGGUCAGCUGUGCAUGUCAGAUCCAGUAUGGAGGGGAUGGUUGACGUGUAGUAAAUGAGCGAAUAACGUGUUCGAGGGACUCUAAUUGCCAACCGCCAUAAAACCUGAAAGAAGAAGAAGAAGAAGAAGAAGAGGGACUCUAAUCAGAUGUCAUAGUUUAGAGGCAGUGUAUGUACACUUUAGAACACUUGAUUCAUUCCCAAGUAUCACGACAUCAAGAGACUUUGUUGAGGAAUAGAGGUUUUGAUCACAAGAUCUGUAAACAUGUCUUUAAAACUGACCACUCAAGCGUACUGUAAGAUGCUAUUACAUGCUGCUAAAUACCCUCACUGCGCCGUUAACGGGCUGCUGGUGGCUGAGAAACACAAAAAGAAGGACAGCCCAAAAGACUCAGUGUUGUGCGUGGAUUGUGUACCUCUGUUCCAUGGGGCUCUGGCGUUAGCCCCUAUGCUGGAGGUGGCACUCACAUUGAUUGAUACAUGGUGCAAAGAGAACAAGUAUGUCAUUGCUGGCUAUUAUCAAGCAAAUGAGCGUAUUAAGGAAGCCAGACCAAACCAGGUGGCUGAGAAGGUCGCUGCCAGAAUCUCAGAAAACUUCAGUGAGGCUGCAAUGAUCAUGUUGGACAACAGCAGAUUCACAAUGGAGUGUUUUGUGCCUGUUCUCUUCAUCUAUGAUCAUCAUGAUAACAAGUGGAAGUGCAGAGAGCCAAGCACUGACUGCUUUGAGGAUUGGUUAGAGGCACAGAAGAUCACAGCGGCUCUUCUAGAAAGCAAAUCAUACGAGAAUCUCGUAGACUUUGACAACCAUCUGGAUGACUUACGAAAUGACUGGACCAACCCUGAGAUCAAUAAAUCUGUCUUACAUUUAUGCUGAAUCUAUCCAGAGAUCCUGUCCACAUAACCAAACCAUCAGUGCUUAAAGGGAAGCAUAUCUGACCUGUUUUCAGUACUGUCAGUGACAUGCGUGCUCUCUCACUGAGAAGAAAGAUUUACAAAAGAGUAAAUGGAGGAUUGUAAGUGCUCCAUCCUCAUGUUUGAGAACACUGAGGUGACUCCAGGAGUCCGAUGUCAAAUAGAUUUUAUACCUGUUUUCAUGCGAUAGUUUGUAUAAGACUCAUGUACAAUUUUGGAUGGUAUUGGACUAGUCUUACUUAAUUUAACUAAUUGCUAAAAAUGGUAAUUUCUCCCCUUGUUUGGAAUGAAUCUUUAGUUUAAAUUAGAGGUAUGGUUAUUUACUAUUCUUAACUACUUAAAUUGCUCAAAUGGAAAUGUUUUACUUAAGUUUAGAAAUUAAUAUAUUGAUUUAUAAGAUAAGAGAAUGCUUUUAUGUUUGCAGCAGACCAAUAAUACUUUGUUUAUGGUGGAAGAAUAAAUAUUUUUGGCUCAGAUUUUUCAGUAAAUAAA